AUACCAGCCCUUUGGAGUCGAUUUAAUUCUUUUGGAUCAUUUCGCUUUUGUCAUGCUCCUCGGACAUUGGGUUUUCUUCAUUUUGUGCGGAAGAGAUGCUUUGAGUCAGUAGUCCUUGUGGAUGAACCUCUCUCGAUACCAGCCCUUUGGAGUCGAUUAAUUUUUUUGGAUCAUUAGCUUUUGACUUACUCCUCGGACACUGGGUUCUUUUUCGUAGAAGAGCCUCUAUUCAUAUUGAUAUUUCAUAUUACUAACGUUUUAUUUUGAUGGUUGCUUUACCUGGCUGGAAUGUGAUUGUUCAAUUUGCCUGAGGCACUACAUCGAUGGCAAAUACUAUGAGGAAGGUUGUAUUACGAUGGCCGAGCAAGGAGGACACAAUGACCACUGGCAUUCGUCCGGACGCCAUUGUAUCCACCUUGGUCCAACGUGCAUUUGGGCAAUCCCUUGGUUUUGGAGAAGUCAAGCUUGGCGGUGACAACACCACCAAUCAUUCCCUUUGCUUGGACACGCUCAAGCUCGCCGUCUUGUCGCGCAACAGCGUCUUGAAGUAUGACCAUCCUAUUCUCACUUUUCAAGUUAAUGGAUUUCAAUUAGUUUUUUAUAUGACACAAAUGAUACAUAGCAGUUUCUUUACCAUGACAGAAAUUGGCCGCAUCACCCUGCCUGAAGCGUUAUCCUGCCUUCACUCAUUCAUCACACUGAAAAAUAUCCGUACGUUAUUGCGCGUCACCCUUUUAUUUUGGCAUUGCUGUUACCAAGCAGAUUCAUCACCAUCUGUCGUUGCACCUGUCAGCACGCCAUCCCCCACAUCCCCCAAAGUUGCAUAUCCAAUCGAUACCUCAACAUUUUCUCCCUCUGCAAGUCCCCAUACCACACAAUUAUUCCAGAUGAUUAACAAUACCACCUCGAAGUAUCGUGACUGUAGCAUCCAAUAUAAAUAAAAU